UCCCAUCCACGAUGAUUCCCUCAGCACCGAUGCCGGAAAUAUACAGGAACCCAGCCGUGACCGGCAAAGGGAAGGGUUGGGCUAAAAGGGCGAGGAGGCUCUUACCCAGGGGCGUGGCCAACAGGAUGGCAGGACUUGACUGGGUUAAGCAACAUGCAUCGUCAGGAGUCGUUUACUUCGCUGACGACGACAACACCUACGACACCAGGCUCUUCGAAGAGAUGCGAUAUACCAAGCGGGUAUCCAUGUGGCCAGUGGGGCUUAUGGGGUCCUCGGGAAUGUCGACGCCCAUCAUCAAGGAAGGGAAGUUUGUUGGCUGGUACGACGCCUACAUUGCCAACCGAAAGUUCCCUGUCGAUAUGGCUGGAUUUGCUGUGUCCGUCGAGCUCAUUCAGCAGGUUCCCAAUGCCAGUAUGCCGUUCAAAGCGGGACGUGAAGAGACUGGGUUCCUCGAGAGUCUGAAAAUCAGCACGGCAGACAUUGAGUUUAAAGCCGAUAAUUGUUCCAAGAUCUACGUAUGGCAUACUCAGACAGUGGAUAUAUAUGUUUCUCCGAGAUUCAAGUUCUUACAAAAAAAGUACAAAAACACGAACGUGGGAAUUCUCGUAGAAAGCAUGGCGUAAUAUGGAUGAGAAUAUUAUCGUUACUUCAAGGUACAAGGUGCUCUGUGCUGGAAGAUACCCCAGCCUGGCGUGGCUUUAUCGCAGACGUAAAUAAAACAACGAAGGGAAGAGAAAAACACUCGACCAUGCCAAAGGCCGACGUCUUCGCUGUGGUGCCAACGAGGGCGGGCAUGCAGGACCUCUGUCGACGCUGAACGCGGUGCAGCCCACCGCGAAUUCACCGUGGAACAGGAUUUACCGUGUUUCACAGUAAGGUCGACGACUCCUUGCUCUCGGUAUUCAGAAAGCCCAUUAACAAGGAAGAUUUCAUCCAUUUUGGACGUCGGCUUCUUUCUCUGAGCUCCAGGAGUUCCUGGAGGAGGAAAGUCGACUUGCGGCAAGCUAAUCCACCCGAGACUUGAGGCAAAGAAGGGACAAGAGACAUUGGUAGAAGCGACACUAUGACGAUCAAGUAACAAUAACACCGUAAUAGUCGUUCCGCGAGUUAUGUCCGAUGUGACCUGAAAGCUUUAGCACUUCUCUAUUUC